CCCGCCGCUGUUCCUUCGCUCCGCCCAAGGGGGGCCUAUGUUAUGUCAGGCGGCAGCCUAGCUGAUUCCUUUCCUCUCUGAGCAAGAUGGCUGGUGGUGAGGUCGGAGUUACUCUGGGGCAGCCACAUCUCUCCCGACAGGAUCUUGCCACAUUGGAUGUUACCAAGUUAACACCACUUUCACAUGAAGUUAUCAGCAGACAAGCUACAAUUAAUAUUGGUACAAUUGGUCAUGUAGCUCAUGGGAAGUCCACUGUGGUAAAGGCUAUUUCUGGAGUUCACACCGUCAGAUUCAAAAAUGAACUAGAAAGAAACAUUACCAUUAAGCUUGGAUAUGCUAAUGCUAAGAUUUAUAAACUUGAUGACCCAAGUUGUCCUAGACCAGAAUGUUACAGAUCAUGUGGAAGUAGUACACCAGAUGAGUUUCCUACAGACAUUCCAGGGACCAAAGGGAACUUCAAAUUAGUCAGGCAUGUUUCCUUUGUUGACUGUCCUGGCCAUGAUAUUUUGAUGGCUACAAUGCUGAACGGAGCAGCAGUGAUGGAUGCAGCUCUUCUCUUGAUAGCUGGUAACGAAUCCUGCCCUCAGCCUCAGACUUCUGAGCAUCUGGCUGCCAUAGAAAUCAUGAAACUCAAGCAUAUUUUGAUCUUACAAAAUAAAAUUGAUCUGGUAAAAGAAAGUCAGGCCAAGGAACAAUAUGAGCAGAUUCUCGCAUUUGUACAAGGAACAGUAGCAGAAGGGGCACCAAUUAUCCCGAUCUCUGCUCAGCUGAAAUACAACAUUGAAGUCGUCUGUGAGUACAUAGUAAAGAAAAUACCAGUGCCCCCAAGAGACUUUACCUCAGAACCCCGUCUCAUUGUUAUCAGGUCAUUUGAUGUUAACAAACCUGGCUGUGAAGUUGAUGACCUUAAAGGAGGUGUGGCUGGUGGUAGCAUUCUAAAAGGAGUGUUAAAGGUAGGCCAGGAGAUAGAAGUCAGACCUGGUAUUGUUUCCAAAGAUAGUGAAGGAAAACUCAUGUGUAAACCAAUCUUUUCCAAAAUUGUGUCACUUUUUGCGGAACAUAAUGAUCUUCAGUAUGCUGCUCCAGGUGGUCUCAUUGGAGUUGGAACAAAGAUCGACCCUACUUUGUGCCGAGCUGACAGAAUGGUGGGACAAGUGCUUGGUGCAGUUGGAGCUUUACCUGAAAUAUUCACAGAACUGGAAAUUUCCUAUUUCUUGCUCAGACGUCUUCUAGGCGUACGAACUGAAGGAGACAAGAAAGCUGCGAAGGUCCAAAAGCUAUCUAAGAAUGAAGUGCUUAUGGUCAACAUAGGAUCCCUGUCAACAGGAGGAAGAGUUAGUGCUGUCAAGGCUGAUUUGGGCAAGAUUGUUUUGACUAAUCCUGUGUGCACAGAAGUAGGAGAAAAAAUUGCCCUUAGCAGAAGAGUUGAGAAACACUGGCGCUUAAUUGGUUGGGGUCAGAUAAGAAGAGGAGUGACCAUUAAGCCGACUGUAGAUGAUGACUGAAGAAUCCAAGUUGAGCAGUGCCUUGGGGGAGCUGGAUGGCUCAGCAGUUAAGAACACUGACUGAUCUUCCAGAGGACCCAGGUUCAAUUCCUAUCACCUACAUGUCAGCUUACAACUGUAUGUAUGUAACUCCAGGAUCCAACACCCUCAAACAGACAUACAUACAGACAGAACACCAAUGCACAUAAAAAUAAAAGUAAAUUAAAAAAAAAAAAA